GGUCAUGCUGCGUCUGAAGUUGCUCUCCUUCCUGUCAUCCUUGGCGCUCUCCUUUUCCCUGGCGGGCGGCCAGGCGGGGGUGGACCGGGUGCAGGUGAAGUUCACGCCGACCAUCUGCAAGGUGCGCUGCAACCAGCAGCGUUGCGUCAAUCACUGCGAGCGCGGCAACGUCACCACCCUGUUCAGCGGCCCGCCGGCACCGCCCCCCCACGGGGACGCCUUCAGAGUCUUUGUUUGUCGUCUGCUGUGCAAGAACGGAGGCGUGUGUCUGCUGAGGGAUCGAUGCCUCUGCCCCUCAAACUUUACCGGAAAGUUCUGCCAGAUUCCCGUCACCUCGCGGGCCACGCCCCGGUCCUCCUCCUCACCCAACGAAGUCGAUCUGACCCGAUCGGAGUUUCUGCUGCCGCUGGGGGCUUCGAAGCCGGACCAGGAAACAGGAGGAGCGGCAGCCGGAGCAUCCCUGGUGAAGGUGGCGGUGCAGCACCCUCCCGAAGCCAGCGUGAAGGUUCAUCAGGUGAUCAAGGUGGCGGGAGUCUCGGCCGGCGCGCUGUCUGGCUCCGCGGGGGCGCCGGCUCGGGCGGAGGGCGGCGUCCGGGCGCUCGGGGACCGAGGCGUCUACGCCCAGCACGCCGGCUUCAAGUUUUGCUUCAGGGAGGUCAAAGACGGACAGUGCAGCUCUCCUCUGCCGGGGCUGAGGAGCAAAGAGAUGUGCUGCCGGGGUGCGGGCAAGGCCUGGGGCGAUUGCGCCCUCUGCCCUCCACACGCAGCUCCAAACGACAGCGGCUGUCCCGUGGGCUUUCGAGCGGGCAACGGAAGCAACUGCCUUGACGUGAACGAGUGCCUGCGGCCCGGCCUUUGCCAGAACGGCCUGUGCGUCAACACGGCCGGGAGUUACAGUUGCGUUUGCGAGCCGGGCUUCAUCUUGGAUGCCUCGCAUGGACUCUGCAUCUCCCACAGGGUGAUAUCUGAGGAGAAGGGCCAGUGCCACCGGGUCCUGGGCUCCGGUCCGGGCCCGUCCUCCUGCUCGCUGCCCAUCCUCAGGAACAUCACCAAGCAGAUCUGCUGCUGCAGCAGAGUCGGCAAAGCCUGGGGGCCCGACUGCCAGCGCUGCCCCCACUUUGGCUCGGCGGCUUUCAGGGAGAUCUGCCCCGCCGGUCCGGGCUACCACUACUCCGCCUCCGUCCUGCCCUUCAGCCAGAAGACGGCGGCAGACCAACUGGCCGCCCGAGGAGCGGCUAACCGGCAACAUCACAGCGCCGGCGGGUCUGAGCAGAAGCCCCCCUCCGGCCAACCCGCUUCAGCCGCACCUCGCCCGGCUGUCAGCCCGCCGUCGUCCAGACCCGCGACUCCCGGGAGCGCCGCCCGGCACAAGCCGCGGCCGACCCGCCCGGAACCGACCCGCCCGGAACCGACCGCCUCUGCGGUCAAAUCGCCACCGCGAUCCGGCGAGAGUCGCGCUACGGGCCGCGAUCACGGAACUGUCGGGAGUCAGGGCGUGACUGACGGGCGUCAAGGCAUCGCCAGGCAGAACCAAGGCAUCGCCGGCAACCAAGGCUCAAAUCGGAACCAAAACGUGACCGGGAGUCGAGGCUGGAGUCGGAACCCAGACGCUAGCGGGGACCGACGUACCGGCGGGAGGCAAGACGCUGACGGGAACCAAGCGACCGCUCGCAAACAAGGCACCAACUCGGGCGCCAGUCCACCUGUCAAUCAAAGCCCAGGCAACGGUCGGAGCCAAGGGGGCAGCGGCAGGAGCCACGCUACCAAUCGGAACCAAGGCGCCGGCCGAGGCGGCGGGCAAGGUGCCGGCCAAGCCGCCGGCCGAGGCGCCGGCCAAGGCCCCGGCCGAGGCGCCGGCCAAGGCGCCGGUGAGAGUCACAAAAAGCAAGGAACAAGUGGGAGUCAAGCUCUUCUGCCGGGAAGAGGAGAUUCCCUUCCGGACCUGGCUCCGGCUCGGCGGAUCCCCGACGGAGAUGUCGGAUCCCCGCAGACGACCACGGGGCCGCCCCAAGUCCAGCUCCGAGGCGUGUGUGAGCGCAAAGCCGACGUGUGCGGCGCCGGUCGCUGCGUGGACGGGCCGGCCGGCAAACACGUGUGCGUGUGCCACCAAGGCUACCGGGCCAACGCCCAGCGCACACACUGCCAGGAUGUGAAUGAGUGUGUCGCGUCUGGAGGUGUGUGCGCUCCAGGCGAGUGCGUGAACAGCGAAGGUGGCUACCGAUGCGUUUGUCCGCCCGGAUACAAGACGGACGCUCGGAAGAGCAGCUGUCAAGACGUAAACGAGUGCGAGGAUCCCCUGCUGUGUCCCGGUCAGGAGUGCCUCAACAAUCCCGGGUCGUAUCGCUGCGUCUCCUGUCGGCCGGGAUUCCGACUUCUGAACGGCGUGUGCGCAGACAUCGACGAGUGCGUCCGUGCCCCGUGCGCCGACGGAGAGUGCCAAAACACAGCGGGUGGCUUCCGAUGCCUCUGUCGUCCCGGUUACGAGCUCAAGAACAACACCUGCGCAGAUGUGGACGAGUGCGCGCAGCCGUCUCAGUGUCCAGGUGAGACGUGCGUCAAUUCUGCGGGCUCGUAUCGCUGCGUGUCCUGCCGCCCGGGAUACGUGCUGAGCGACAAACAGUGCGCAGAUGUGAACGAGUGUGAGGACGGAGCGCUGUGUCCAGGCGGGCGCUGCGUCAACACCAAGGGCUCCUACAAGUGUGUGGACUGUCGCCAAGGUUACCGUGCUACAAAUGGACUGUGUGAAGACGUGGACGAGUGCGCAAAUGCGUCGGCGUGCGAGGCGGAGCGCGUGUGCGUCAACACCGCUGGCUCGUUCCGCUGCGACUGCUUACCGGGGUAUCGAACGUUUGGCCGGGGCAGAGCGUGUCGAGACAUCGACGAGUGUCUGGAGGAGAACUGGUGCCCCCCCACGGGAGAGUGCAUCAACACGCCGGGCUCCUUCACGUGCGCCUGUCCGCUUGGCUACGCGCUCAGCCGGGCCCCCGGCAACAACGCAAGCUGCGUCGAGGCUUUCCCCGUCCGUCCUUCCCCGUCUUGGCCGUCCUUCUCGGAGGCGGGGGGCGAGCUGCGCGAGUGCUACUACAACGUGGGCUCGUCGUGUCAUUUACUGGCCGCCAACAGCAGCUGGCAGGAGUGCUGCUGCACCUUGGGGGAGGGCUGGGGCCUGGGCUGCAGGUACCACGCCUGCCCUCCCGCCCACUCAGCCGACUUCCUGACGCUGUGUCCCAGCGGGAGAGGAUACGUGACAGCCGGGGACGCGGCCUUCAGCUACACAGACGUGGACGAGUGCAAGCGCUUCCAUCCGGAAGUGUGCAAGAACGGCGUUUGCGUCAACAACAUUCCCGGUUACAGCUGUUACUGCUCCAGCGGAUUUGUUUACAACGUCGCGCUCCUCGAGUGUGUCGAUCUGGACGAGUGCGAGCAGGAGAGCUGCGAGGGCGGCUUGUGCGUCAACACCUUGGGUUCUUAUUAUUGCAGCUGUCCGCCGCCUCUGGCGCUGGACGACACGCAACGCAAGUGCGUCAACGCCUCUCGCCUCUCCCUGGAUGAGAACUUGUCGGUGUGCUGGCAGACGGUGAGCGCCGAGCUGAUGUGUCAGAGUCCCUUGCUGGGGGCGCGGGUCACCUUCAGCGACUGCUGCUGCCUCUACGGCCAGGGCUGGGGCAUGGAGUGCGCGCUGUGCCCGCAAAGCGACUCCGACGACUUUGGCAGUCUGUGCAGUUCCUCCCUUCCCGCCGCCGUCUUCCCCGAGGCGCCGGGAAGGGAAGCGCUCGGAACGGGACGAGAGGGAGGCCCGCCUUUCUUCCCCCCGUUCGGCAGCGACGCCUUCGCCCCGCCCACCGACUACGACGACUACUCUCCCGUUGGCGAGUCCGAGUUCCCGGGCGGGACGCCGCCGGCCGUCGCUUAUCCCGCCGGCCCACCGCGCUUUGGCGCGGGUUACUACCCGGGGAGCGACUACGAGGACUCGCCGCCGCCGCUAGGCGCGCCUCCCCUCAGCUCGGCUCCGCUCCCCCGAGGAUCUCCUUUCGACGAGGAGGCCGAGCCUUGGGGGCCCGCGGCGCCGUUCCGGCCUUACGCGGAAGGGAGGCUAUAUGAGCGGCGCUACGACACCUACGCCGGCCUGAGCGCGGCGGCGGCGGCGGCGGCGGAGGAUUGCGGCAUUCUGGACGGCUGCGAGAACGGCAUGUGCAUCCGCCUGGAUGAGGGCUACACCUGCGACUGUUACCACGGUUACCGGCUGGACGCCACCGCCAUGACCUGCGUCGACGUCGACGAGUGCGAGGGCGGCGUCGACGUGGACUUCCCGUGCGUCAACUCGCGCUGCGUCAACACGGACGGUUCCUUCCGAUGCGUGUGUCGGCGCGGCUACGUCAUGUCGCGCACGCUCAACCGCUGCGUGCCCGCCUAGGCUGGACAGGGACCAACAAGACCGGACCGGGUGGAACCGCUCCAAAGCGGGGCGGAGACGCCGAGACCGCAAAAGCAUGCGGAGUGAACCUUCAGCUGGACUCCAACCGGCUUCGGGAAGUCCCUGCCAAGGUCCAAUUUGAAGUCCAAGUUUGGCCUUAGCAUUUGCUCUUCACGCAGUUAGCCAGGUGGAAUUUGCCUUCCAUGUCAUUGGUCUCGUUGUCAUACUUCCGAUUUUCAAUCUUCACCCAAAUUGGAUGAUUGAUUGCCUGUUUGUUUUACUUCAUUCUAGUUGUGUGCGUGAGACGGUGGGGCACCACCAAAUAACAGCUCGUAUCCUGGACUUGUAAAUAUUUCUCCAUAAAUGAAAUUUCAAAUUUUGUCUCACAUCCUGUGUUUUAGUCUGGUCUCACUGUCAUCGUUGUUGUUGUUUUUUUUCCAAAAUGUAUCAGCCUUUCCAUUUGUGUGAACAUUUUUAUUUGUGUGAUCAAAUAAAGCCAAUUAUAAUUUUA